UUGAAAUAUCUUCAAUGGCUGAAUGUAAGUUUUGACAUUAGUCAUGUCAGAUCGGGAUCACGUGAUAAAAUGGAACUUCUUAAAAAAGUAAUUUUUUGAUUCAUUCUCGUAUAUAGACAGAAAAAUCAAUAAUGUCUUUAUUCGUGCCCUAGUUUUAAAAUAAACAUUUAGUAAAUUAUUUAUGGUUAAUUCUUAGUACGUGUGUUUUUGUAAAAAAUGACAUGGGUAUUAAAACGGGUUGUGCUUCAGAUUUGUUUGAUAUUUUAUUUAUUUAUUGGUGUAUUAUCAGAAUUAGGUAACCCCUACGAAAUUUUAGGGGUUCAUAGAAAGGCUUCUCAGCAAGAGAUUAAACAAGCUUAUAAACAGUUGGCGAAACGAUGGCAUCCAGACAAAUCAAAGUCUUCCAAUGCUGAGGACCGUUUCAUUGAGAUAACUCAGGCUUAUGAGCUCUUGUCUGAUUCAGACAGAAGAUCAUUAUAUGAUAAGAAAGGUAUAACGGAGGAUGACUUUUACAAGAGACCUGAGCGCCAAUCAUAUUUUACACAGCACCCAUUUGAUGAUUUGUUUGUACACAGUGGUGCACAUUUCAAUUUUCAAGAAAACGAUAUUAUGUUUUUUCACAAGUUAUCUAUAACUUCAAAACAAUAUGAUAAAAAAAUUGUACCAAAAAGUGAGAAGGUUCCUUACGUGUUAUUUUUCUACACUGAUUGGUGUUUUCCUUGUUUACAAUCAGCACCAUACUUUAGAAAAUUAGUGGAUAAUUUAGAACCUUUAGGAAUUGAGUUUGCUACUGUUCACUCAACACGCGAACCUAAUUUAAGUAGACGUUUAAAUGUUCAUGCGUUACCUUGUUUGGUUUUGCUGUUGGAUGGAAAUGUUUAUGUCUACAAAGAAACUAUCACAAAUGCUGGAAAAAUUAUAGAAUUCAUCAAGAGUAAAUUUCCUUAUAAACUUAUUCCCAGGCUAAAUGAAGAAAAUUUAGAAGGAUUUUUAGAUGGUUGGAAAGAUAAUAGGGUACGAGGUUUAAUAUUACCUUCAAAACAAAAUAUUAAAUUACGCUAUUUAGUCACUGCCUAUCAUUUUCGCCCUAGAGUUGCCUUUGGCAUUGCCGAUUCAGAUGAAAUUCACUCACAAUUUCAAGUACCACCUGAUAUGGAUACAAUAUUAUUAUUUAAUGAAAAUAUUUCUUCUCCCAUGGCCAGCAUAACAAUAAAAGAUAUACCUACAUCUACCCUUCACAAUAUUAUUUCUUCCAAUCAAUACCUUGCUUUACCUAGGCUAUCUUCUCAGAAUGUUUUAGAAGGUUUAUGUCCAUGUGAGUGGAACAAACCCAGAAAAAGAUUAUGUGUUGUAUUGGUUACUGAUGAAUCUUCUGUACAUGAUCCCCACAGACAGUCUUUUAUGGAAUAUGCUUUAAAAUUCCCUUAUAAUGUUGAAAGAGUCAGAUUUGCAUAUAUUUAUCACAAGAAGCAAGCUUCAUUUAUAAAUGCUCUAACUCCUAAUGGUGAAGCAAUAGAGCCACUUUUGAGGAUUGUAGUGUUUUGGCGACGAGAUACUUCAUUGGUAAGGUAUGAGUGGAUGCCGGCAAAGUGGGAAAUUGAAAGUAAAUUAAAUAAUACAGGAGCCAAGCUGGUUGAAAGCAUCGCUCAGUUAUUGAAAGCAACAGAGUCUCUGUCAUAUGAGGCUUAUGUUACUGAUCUUUUUGAUGAACAUGCUAUUGGGCUUAUUAAAAAGACCUUUACAAGAGUGUCACACUUUUUGGAGUCUGUUUAUGAAAGUCUAGGUAAAGAGCAGAUAUUACCGGCAUUUUCCGUGCUAGGAACAAUAUUAUUUAUUCUGGCUAUUGGCUAUUUAAUGGCAUACCUAGUUGAAAAGGAAGAGGCGGAUAUUAAAAAACAAAAAGCCAACGCUAAUUCAAGAAACAACAACAAUAACACAAAUAGUUCAUAUCAACCAGAGUUACGUUUACACGAUCUUCGUUCAGAAAAGUACAAUGGAUUGGUUAGGCUGUUGAAACCAGGCUGUAGAACCGUUUUGCUUAUUUUAGACAUGCAAUCGCGUCAACAGUUGAUUCCCCGAUUUCAUAAAGCCGUGUGGCCGUACAGAAAGAACAAGACAUUAAAUUUCGCCUAUAUGUAUAUUGAAAGAGGUCUCUCUUGGUACAAAGAGUUGCUGCAGCUCUCACUCUUCGAAGAACGAGAACUGAAUAUCAAUCCGAGAAAUUGCGUUGGUACCGUCCUGGUGUUGAAUGGCCACAGAAGAUAUUUUUGCGUUUUUCACGCCAAACAUAAGGAGAACGUGCAAAGAGUAUCGAGGAACGUAACCAAACUGACAGAGAAGGACUGCGAGAGCGGCGCCUUCAUAGGUUUUAACUCCGACGAAUCCGAGUCUGAAUCCGACCCGGUGCUUCUGCAAGGCGAUCUGUUGGACGGACUUCCCAACUGGUUGGACAGGCUCUUUGAGGGAAGUACCCAACGGUACCACAUCAACUACUGGCCCGAGUUUCCCAUCAAGUAACCUUUAAACGCUUCUACACUUAACCAGGAUUGAGAUUGAUUUUUAUUUGGUUUGUUGUUUGAUGGGCGCCAUCUUUUUACUCGUAGUGUCGAGAUUUUUUGUCGUGUUCGGUAGACGUUGGAUUUUUGUACAAGACCGAUUAGACAAAAUGUUGUGUUUAUUUGAAGAUUAAAUAUACCUUUUUUGUUGAA